UCCAACCACCAAAUAAAAGGGGGAAUUAUUGGUUGUCGAUACCUGAACGGGGUGGUUCCGAUCAUGGACGAUGCCUUGCAAGCCCUAACAGAGCUUUCUAAUCUCAGUUGCCACCCGUUAAACGGCGGCAAAUUCAAUGGCUUAAAUGACGUCAACGGCGAAGAAGAGGAAGAGUAUGACACCGAGGCUUGGGAAACGAUCACAAAGUGUUUUCGGGAGGUACAAUCGGUUCUGGAUCAGAACCGAGCUCUGAUUCAACAGGUGAACGAAAAUCAUCAAUCGAAGCUUCGAGAUAAUCUGGUGAAGAACGUCGCUCUUAUUCGAGAUAUAAAUAGUAAUAUCUCCAAAGUUUCUCGCUUGUACUCUGAUCUCUCCAUAGAUUUCUGCAACAUCGUUAAUCAGCGAUGGGAACUUGCUUUGUUUGAAUCUAAAAAUCGCGAUGAUAAUGUGGACAGCGCCGAAUCCUGAGUCAACUCGUUUGGUGAAUCCAAAUCUAGAAUGAUUCGUUGAUUGAUUGCUGAUUUGCGAGGCUGCUUUUGUCUGCAUUCACUGAUGUCCCGCGAACGUGAUUGUGUUUGAGGUAUUUAUGUCAUGUUGAUUUAUUGUUGAUUUGCGAGGCUGCUUUUGUCUGCAUUCACGGAUGUACCGUGAACGUGAUUGUGUUUGAGGUAUUUAUGUCAUUUACACACAGUAUUUCCUCUGUUUUCGUGAUUUCUUCUCCUGAAGCAGAGGAAAGGUGAUUGAGGUAUUUAUGCAGUUUAAACAUGUUAUUUCCUUAGUUUUAUCUUCUUUAAUCUCCCAUCAUUGGGGUCAGUUUCUAUUUAUCUUCCAGUC